UUCCAAGUGACGUAGAACCCUACAGGCCCAGAGGCCCCUCCACAUUUCCUGUGUGGGGUUCAGAACCUUGCCUCCCCUCCAGCCUUGGGUGCCUGCUUCGGAAAAUGAAGUAAUAAGCCGCUGGCCUCCGCCAUCUUAGGUAGAGCAAGGGUCCGUCCAGUGAGAGAAGGAUGCAGCCGGGGAACCUCUGGAGAAUUCUGGGACUCUGUCUCUUAUUAGUUGGCGCUUGGGGGCAGGAAGAAGAUAUAGAGAGAACUUCCGGUUAUAAAGUCUCCAUCUCUGGAACUAUGGUAGUGCUGACAUGCCCUGAGGAGGUUGAUACCAACGCUAUAAAAUGGGAAAAAAAUGGUGAAGCAAUAGUAGGAGCUAGUGAAAUGCAGUACACUAUGCAUACAUUUUCAGAAGUGGAAGACAGUGGUUCUUAUACCUGCUUUUCAGACAAAUUGAAGAAGAACUCUCUCUACCUGAAAGCAAGAGUGUGUAAGAACUGCAUAGAGGUGAGUCUGAUGGCGGUGGCUGCAGUCAUCGUCGCUGACAUCUGCAUUACUCUGGGCUUGCUUCUGCUGGUCUAUUACUGGAGCAAGAAUAGGAAGGCCAAUGCCACAGCCGUGAUGAGAGCAAAAGGUGCUGGCGGCAGGACCAGGGGACAAAACAAGGAGAAGCCACCACCUGUUCCCAAUCCGGACUAUGAGCCCAUCCGGAAAGGCCAGCAGGACCUGUAUUCUGGCCUGAAUCAGAGAGGCAUCUGACGGCUCCUGAGGGCACAGCCUCCUCCAGGCCCAGGUCUGGCUCCUCCAGGGCCUGCUACUCCCUGUGCCCUGGGUAAAUCCUGGACCCCAGAAGAGAAUUGUUCCUCUGCCUUCUGGAGAACUCACACCGUGCACCCUUGUCCCCAGCUUCCUCCAUCCUCCCUCCUGUGCUGACACAAGUCCUAGACUAUCUCUGCCUCAUUAUCCCGUGAGACAUAACGCACCCACACCCGGACUGCCCUCUGGUCCGGGCACUUAUUUCUGUCAUUCACCUGUUCCUUCCUACCCUGCAGGAGAUGUCCCUGCUCCCUUCCCUUACCCCUUCCCUGGGCAGAACAUGGCCCCUGUCCCUAACUAUUCCAUCUACCUCUCUAUUUUUCCAGAUCUCUCUUUGGCACCCCUUUGUGGGGAUAGACUGGGUAACUCUGGCAGGGCUCCUGCCCCAUUCGCAGACCCUGGCCCAGAGCUAACCCCUUACUUCCUACCCCAGCUCUUCCCUGCAGGCCCCUUCAUGAAUAUGCUAGGCUCCCUGUCAGCUGAGAGAGAAAAGAAAUAAAGUGUA